GGAAGUCAAAUUAAGCCAGUACUUUAGCAGUGGAGCUGUUGACUGAAGUACCUGGCUAAGUGGCUUCGUCGUUGUGUACAUUUGUAUGGAUACGUAGACGUUUCAAAUUUUAUAUAUAAAGCUAGCUAACUACGUAGGUAUAUUUGUUAGACAUGGCCUCCUUAUUCAAGAAGAAAACGGUUGAUGAUGUCAUAAAGGAGCAGAACAGGGAGCUGAGAGGGACACAGAGACAGAUCGCCAGAGAUCGAGCAGCGCUGGAGAAACAGGAGAAACAGAUUGAGCUGGAAAUCAAGAAAAUGGCCAAAACUGGGAACAAGGAGGCCUGCAAGAUCCUGGCCAAGCAGCUGGUCCAGCUGAGGAAACAGAAGAACCGCACCUAUGCUGUUAGUUCAAAGGUCACCUCCAUGUCUACGCAGACCAAGGUCAUGAGCUCCCAGAUGAAGAUGGCAGGGGCCAUGGCCACUACCACCAAAACGAUGCAGGCGGUCAAUAAGAAGAUGGAUCCACAGAAGACCCUGCAAACUAUGCAGAAUUUCCAGAAGGAAAACAUGAAGAUGGGGAUGACAGAAGAAAUGAUCAAUGAUACCCUGGAUGAGAUGUUUGAGGAGUCUGGCGAUGAGGAUGAAUCUCAGGACAUUGUGAACCAGGUGCUGGAUGAGAUUGGCAUCGAGAUCUCGGGAAAGAUGGUGAAUGCCCCCUCAGCUGACAGAAGCCUUCCCAGUGCCUCCACCUCCAAAGCAGCCGGCAUUUCAGAUGAGGAGAUCGAAAGACAGCUGAGGGCUCUGGGAGUAGACUGACCCUCUGCGCACACACACACGCGCGCCAACUUUGGAAUCAAGUGCUCCUUCAACAAGCAGAUGCAACCUUUUUUUUCCUUCACUGGCUAUAAUUUUCUGGGCAGCAGUGGGCUUGGGAAACUUAUGAAAGUUUAUUGUACAGAGCGAAAGAAAUAUAUUUCACCCUCACCCGAUUAACAGCCAGCUCCCUUUCACCUCUGUGCCAGGGACACUGGUGUUGGGUUAAGUGAUUAUUAUUGCUAUUAUUACUCAGAAACAAUAGAAGAGGGUGGGUGGCACUCAGUGAUCAGUGUAAGGGUAACUGGAGAAGGGUUUUUUUUCUAGUCUUUUUUUUUUCUGAAUGCACACACAUCCCACGGGGUCUCGAAAAAAGUGAUGUCCUGCUGUGCAUGCUAAAUAACCUUUGCAGUUAUUGAAAAAAGGGCACCAAAGCAAGGACAUUCUUGUGCAUAAACUUUAGCAGUGCAGAUGACUUUUGUAUAUGGUAUGUUAUGGGUUAGAGAAAGUUAUUUCUGAAGUUUAUUCUUUUGCAUGGGUCAGAUUUGGCAGGUUUGGGUCACAGUGCUGUCAGUUUCAGCUGAGUUGGCAAUAAUGGCAUGAUUUUUUUAUCUGCUCUGGUUUUCUCACUGUGUCUGUUACUGCAGACACUGUUGAUCGUACACCAGUAAUACUCAUCUAAACACACUACGCUAACACUUUAGUACAGAAAGAGCUUGUCUUUUCAUGUCAAAAAUCCUAGCAUGAAAAUCGGUUGAAACCGAAGGCGAGCUGAACUGAAAGCCAUCCUGUUUCAUACUCAGGACAUAAAACAAAAGCAAGCUGUGCACCUCACUGAUUUUUAGUGUAAAAUAACCAUAGGAUGCUCAUGUAUAGUGAUAUUAUUGAUUAAGUACAUUAUGUACAGACUAUUCUGUUUUCAGUUAAGGUGAUAUAGUUUGUAAAAAAUCUGGAUCUUUUACAAAUAAAUAUUUAUGUGUUAUCCCAGAAA